AUGAUAAUCUUUUACCCCACCACUUAUGACAAACCAACCAACCAGAACAAUUCCGUAUCUGCAUCUGCACGUCACAUGCCCAACAGAGUAAUACCAGACCUGACAAUUAAUCUCCCUCAGCAGUUCCUGACAGCAGCGCCAGGCUACGCAAAGACGUCCGUAUGUCGGUCUUUCGCAACAUCCGCAGCCAAGGCUAGCCCAGAAACGCUUAACACACCCCAGUCAGUUGCCCUGUUAGCGCAGGAGACAUGGAAGAAGCCCCUGAGCUUGGUGCUGCGGUCUGUGGACGAUGAGAUUGAUGUAUCUCUGCCGCUUGCGCAACUCAGCCUGGACUCGAUGGUGGCUGUAGAAAUGCACGCCUGGUGGAAGCAGUUGUUUGGGCUAGAUACCAGUGUGCUAGAAAUGCUGAGCAUAGGAACGCUCAAAAAGCUAGGCAAGCAGGCUGCUGAUGGUUUGCUGGGGCUGUAG